AUGGCCCCUCCUUCAUUCAGCCUGAAGCGCAAGUUCAGUGUUCCCUGGGGCAAACGGCCUGUAAACGAUGCAGCAUUCCUCUCACAAGACAACCUGGAUGAUGUGAUCUCAAGAAUGAUUUUCCAAGCAGGGGUGGAUUUUGAGACCCGACCAAUGGUCGUUGUCAACGCGUCGGCAUUACCGGACCCCAAGGAGUGCAACUACGACUUAUUACUCUCACGGAUCCUCGCUUAUCUAAAUCUCUAUGUGGAAUCGGACUACGCAGUAGUCCUCUUUGCUGCCGGUGUCCGACAUACGCCUGGGUGGAAUUGGGUCUGGAAGGCCUAUCGCAGUCUGAAUCGGAAAUACCGUAAGAACCUCAAACGACUUUAUAUCGUGCACUCGUCCUUCUUCUCCAAGAUGCUAUUCAGUCUUGCUGGGGCCAUUAUCAGCCCCAAGUUCUUUCGCAAGAUUGCAUACAUCACUACACUCUCUGAGCUGGCUUGCCAUAUUCCCUUGACCCAAAUCGACAUUCCACCGGCGGUUUAUCAGGAGAACCUCAAAUACGAGAGCAAGAUAACGAUGCCAGUUACAACACGAGGCGACUCGCACAUAUUCGGCGUUCCACUCGAAGACCUCAUGGGCAUUGAUGGAGAGAAGGGUGGACUGCCAAGGGUAGUCAGAGACGCCAUUCAAUUCAUUCGUGAGUCUGGCAUGGAGGAAGAAGGCCUCUUUCGUCGUUCGCCACAGUCUGUCAUGCUUAAGGCCGCUCGUGACGCCUAUGACCGGGGCAACGUCGUCUCGCUUGACACAUUUGGUGAUCCUCAUCUUGCUGCAGUACUCCUGAAAAAGUAUCUGAGAGAUCUUCCUGAACCUGUCUUUCCUGAGAACCUGUACCCCCUCAUACGAAGGUGUCCAUCUCCAUUGACGGACACAACGACAACUAAUCCAGCGACUGUCGAACGUGAUUUGGCCGCCAUUGCUUAUAUUCGAGACAUCAUCCUCCCUCAACUGCCGCUUUGUUUCUACAUCCUUCUUAGUAACGUUUUGCAUCUCACGCAUGAUGUCUCUUUACGAGCCGCUUCCAAUCGCAUGGACGCACACAAUCUUGCUGUAGUCCUUUGUCCCAAUCUUGUCAAGGGCAAAAACCCUGCUCGAGACGUGUCCAUGUGUGUUGUUUCUGGUGGUCCCUCUUUAACCGCCUCUCCACGACCAGAACAAUCACAUGUCUCCGAAGGCAAAACAACUCUGGGAACGGUCAUAAAACUUUGUAUCCAGCGAUACUUUGAAAUCUUCGACGAGUUGCCUGACAGAACCGAAGCCAUAUCAUCUCCAUCGUCAGGAAAUGUCAACGCAUUUCCCAACUCGCCUUCCACCUCGUCAGCCUCUUCCAUGUCUGGCUUCAGGGCUGUUCGACCAAGGCCAGAUCCACCAACCACAUCUGGUGCCGAUCCAAGAAGGCAAAGCACCCGAUCACAAAACGAAGAUGAAGAUAUUGACGAUGACAUGCUUGUAAUGCCAAUAGGGCCAGCCUCACCAACUAGUGCUGGGCCUCCAAGUGCUUGGAGCGUCGCGAAUGGUGUUACCACCUACAGAGCUCGUGGUCAUCGCAGCGUCAUGUCGGUCGGCAGCGCCAGCGGAGGGGUUUAUGGCAACUCGUCUGCGUCGCUGGGACGUACCCGCUCCCUUGUCAGUGUUGAAAAGGCUGGUCCUAUUGGCACAGUUGGUAAAACAGGCUCAAUAGCAAUUGGGCGAGCGGGAACACUACGUGGUACAAUCAAAAGUGGUGCAGCAGUCGAGGCAAUCGGGAUCACAGCUGAGGGAUUCUUCAGUGCGCCACCAAAUGGCAAUGGUAGUGCCCUCCAAAGUCCAAGUUGA